AUGUCGGGUUCUUUUUGGAAGUUUGGUCAGGAUUACUCAACCGAAUCCGCGAUUUCGAAGCUCCUGAACAAAGCAUUUAUAAAGAUUUCUGAGGAGAAUCGAUCAGAAAAUGAGGAAAUGGCAAGGGGUUUAAGCUAUGAGAGGCGAGGAGAGGCAGCGGAUGCGAAUGAUGAAGAUUUGCGUGAAAGUCGGGGGAAGGAGGGACUAUCGCAGACCGAAGGAUGCGAACAUAACGAGGAAGAAGGGCAAGUGUUGGAUGACGAGGAGGAAGAAGAGGAUGGGGAAGGCCACAACAGCAUUCUGGGGAGAUCCGAUGACAAUAUCGAGGAUAAUGAAUUUAGUCAAAACUCUCUUCCUACGAACGAAGCUGCUUAUGCCAUCUACGCACCGAAUCUAGACGUUCUGGAUGAAUUGUUGGAUGACGAGGAACUUUACACCGAGCUGAUGUGCUCAAAUUUCAAGCUUCUGAUAUAUCUAAAGUAUCCAGAAGUGCUGGGGAAACUGAUAGAUUAUGUGAUUAACCAGAAUAUCGCCGAGGAAAAUCGUGAAGGUCCGGUUCUUCCGGAAGAAAUUAGCGGUGAUCCCGUUAUCCUCCAGGAGCUAGAACAACCAAAGCAGAAGAAAGCUGAUGAAGAGCAUGAAGAAGAAGCCAGGAAAGAGAUCGACAGUGCUUCUGAAGUGUCUGAAGAGACUAGCCUGACAUUGCCACCGGAAUCUGAGGAGCAGAUAGAGUCAAGAAGGGCUUGCAUGGCUGCCGAAAUCCUCUCUGCUGACGUUUGGCCCAUAUCUUCGGCCAUAAUGGAGAAUGCAGAUUUACUUUCGAAACUUUGGUCUAUAAUGGACCAUUCGCCCCUAACUAUCGUUGCUUCGACAUACUUUAUGAAGAUAAACGAACGGCUUCUAGAUAUGGACAUUACCAGUAUGAUGGACUUCAUCCUGAAGCAGCAAAACAUUGUGGAGAGGUUUCUGGCCCACGUUGCGAAUCCACCCUUAAUGGAUUUUCUGCUGAAAGUCAUAUCGACAGAUAAGCCAGACACACCGACCGGCAUAAUCGACACGCUAAAAAAGCAGGAUCUUAUACCAAAGCUUUUGGAUCACCUAAACCCCGAGUACAGUACAGCUGUUCAAUCGGCUGCAGGGGACUUUCUAAAAGCAUUCGUGACGAUCAGUGCCAAUUCGAACAACGAGCUAGCAUCAGGUAUCGGACCUAACGAGUUGACUCGGCAAUUAGUCUCUGAAGAAAUGAUGGAAAAGCUUAUUAAAAUCAUGCUCAAAGGCGGCACUUCAUUGAGCAAUGGUGUUGGAAUAAUCAUAGAACUUAUAAGGAAAAACAAUUCGGACUAUGAUUUUGUGCAGGUAAUGUACACAACGUUAGAAACUCACCCUCCAAGCGAUAGAGAUCCUAUUUAUUUAGGUCACUUGGUGAAAUUAUUUGCCAGGUAUAUGCCUCUUUUUAAGGAUAUUUUGGUCCAGACAACAUUGCCGCCAUUAGAAACACCUUUUGGCAGUAUCGAACCGCUUGGUUUUGAAAGAUUUAAGAUAUGUGAACUUGUCGCGGAAUUACUGCAUUGCUCGAACAUGACGCUAAUAAAUGAGCCCAAUGGUGAAAGCACAGUGCGCGAGCGUGACAUUGCGAGAAUCAAAGUAUUACAAUCCGAGAAAGUAAAUGACUCUACUUAUAAUAUGGAGGCACAUAACGAUGAGGAGUCAGAAACCAAGGAGCUGGAUGAACAAAUAGUAGCAAAGCUAAAUUCUCUUCGGUUAGAGAGCGACGAAGGAGAGGUAAUUAAUAGUGAAACAGCUACGGAAGAAAGCGAUGAUACGGCCCAAGGAGAAAGUAAUGAUGUUGAGGUUCACUCUGAAGAAUCAUCCGAUUCAGAAGUGACUGAAAAGUCACUUCGCGAGAAUCCAAUAGUGGGAGAUCAGCUUAAAAUUGCCUUACAUGAUACUGAAAUCAUAUCUACUAUCUUGGGAAUGUUCUUCCGCUUUGCAUGGAAUAAUUUCUUACACAAUGUCGUAUUUGAUAUCGUUCAGCAAAUCUUCAAUGGUCCACUUAAGACUGGUUAUAACAGAUUUUUGCUGGCAGAUUUGCUAGUCCAGGCUAACAUUACAAAGCUAAUAAUGGACGGAGACAAGAAGUGUGCCGAUUAUGAGAAGGAAACUGGUCUUCGAUUGGGUUAUAUGGGUCAUUUGACAUUGAUAGCUGAAGAAGUCGCUAAAUUCUCCGCUUACGUUGAAGAGAUGAAGGUGGUAUUCAGUGAUCCUGCAAUUAGCGAGAGUCUCAAUGAACCUUCGUGGAAAGAAUAUACAGAAACUGUCUUGGCAGAAACGAGGGAGAAAUACAACACAGUCUUGGGAGAUUUUGCCGAUGACGAAGAAGAGGAAGAAAAUCCAGAUGACUCUAUCAAUGAGCAUGAUGCAGAUGAGGAGGCAGUCAUACAAGAAAACUACAAUGAUCAACAAGGUGGCCUAAAUGGCUUGAAAUCUUAUAGGAGUUUUCUAGAAUCAGCCCAUGAGGGUGAUGAUGCAGAACGCAACGAUCUCGAGGGGUCCAGAUAUUACGAGUACAUCAAUGGCGAUGGCACCAAAUCGAGGCUACACUUGGAUCCUUCUGUCGAUUACGACGUACCAGAAGAAGGCGCAGAGGAGCUGCUGCCCAACGAAGACUGUCCCGCCGACGAUGAUAAUCAAUUCAGCAAUUACAUGUCACAUCAGUUGGGCAGGAAUUUCACUGGAAGUACCCACUAUGAUGACGAUGGAUUCGCCGAUGAUCAAGAAGAAGAAGAAGAAGAAGAAGAGGAAGAAGAAGCAGAAGGGGAAGAGGAGCCGUGGGCUGCGGCCUCUAGCGCUUUUUCUCUCAACGGAAAAUCAAGGAGAUCAUUACCGUCCAAGGCAGAAACAUACGGUAAGAAUGUUUUUGAGCACCAGUUCGAACUAGAAGGAGAAGAUGACUACAUGGACCCGAAUGACGAUGGCCAGUCAUACGCCAAGCCCAACCACCCGCUAUACAGCAAUUUAAUAACACCCACCACGUCGCACAGGCCAGGCGAAGCACUGUACAGUAAGGAUGAAGCCGAGGAUGACAUCAGCGAUGAUAGCGACGCAGAACUAGAAGAGAUGGGCAGCCAUGGAGACCUCAAGGGUACCUCCAGUGAAGGGGACUCCGAACAUGGAUAUUCUCUCUGCAGGUCCACAAGCAAGGAUAAUCUUCCGUGGGACGAGUGCGAGCGAGACAGGCUUAUGGAAGUGGUCAACUACAACAGACAACAAAACGCCGGUCAAUGA